GCAUAUCUUUUAGUUGUCAAAACACAGACUUGUCAAAUUAAGUUGAUAACAACAUUACGUUUUACAUUCAAAAUUGUAAAUUGGGAAAAUCAGGUGAUUUAAAAUGUUGCGACAAGUUUUGACUGCUAAUUGUCGUCGAAUUUUAUUGCAAACUAAGACCUUUUCGUCAAAAGCCACUGGUGGCACUGGCAAAGAUAAGGUAGAGGUGUUGAAUCACGCCGACGUACCAAUAAUCGACUAUGAUGACCCCGAUUAUUUGCCUCUCCCCGAAUACCCUUUACGACCAAACGAACCGCUCGAAGUUCGGAAACAACGGCUUAUUUACCAGUCUCGUAAGCGCGGUAUGCUUGAGAAUGAUUUGAUACUCAGCACUUUUGUCGCCCGCUAUUUGAAGGAUAUGGACGCUACACUGACAGCGCAAUACGAUCAACUUAUCAAUGGAGUAACCAAUGAUUGGGAUAUAUAUUACUGGGCAACAAAUGUUAAACCAACACCUCCUGAACAUGAUAACGAUGUAAUGCGUAUGCUAAAGGAGCAUGUGGCUAACUCUCAACGCGAAAAUCGGACAUGUCAACCAAAUUUGUGAAGGAUUUAGAUGUUUCAAUUAUAAAAAUUAGUUAUUAGUUUAUGAUCCUUAUCAUCAAAAAGCUGUUUAUGCGUAUAAUUACUUCAUAUUACAUACAAUAAAAGAAGUAAUAUGUGAAUGUAGAA